ACAUCUUUGAAUUGAGCAUCUCUACCCUCACAAAUAUUAUCUUAAUUUAAUAAGCAUUUAACCUGAAUAUAAGCAACGUACCAUGAAUAAAUGCAAGAAUGAAGAAUUUAAUCAUAUGUCUUUCGAGAUUCAGAAUUGGUUUCAACCCAAUUUUAUCCUUAAACAGCUGGCCAUGGAUGGCUUACCCAGUAAUAAUAAUUUGGAAGAAUUGGAGCUUGAAGGUCAGUACUUAUAUUGCACUAGCUCAACAUCAAACGAACAAGAAAAGAAGGAAAUAGAUGAAGAGAGGAAGCAGCGGAGGAUGGUUUCGAACAGGGAAUCAGCUCGGCGUUCAAGGAUGAGAAAGAAGAGGCAAAUGAAUCAACUAUGGGCACAGGUGUUGCGGCUCAAGGGUGAAAACCAUGAGCUUCUUGAAAAGCUGAAUCAUGCAUCUGAAUCUCAUAACAAAGUUGUUCAAGAGAAUACACAACGUAACUCAAGGAAGAAACUUCAAAUCUGAGACAAACGGCUACCUACAUGCAACUUUGCACUCAUGAUUUACACAAUUUUUAAAUGCUUUUGAAAAUAUGUAGCUUAUUGCCCAACCUGGGUCUUGAUCUCGGCACCACUACUACUGAUUAGUCAUUGUAUCAA